AUGAGGAUGUGGAUUAUUCUUCUGUGCCUGAGCAACGGAUGGAUGCAAACAGCCUCCACAGCUGAUGUAACCCCCACACCCUCCUCUGCACCAGUGACACCCACCGAGGACGAGAGCGCCCUACUGGUGGAUUGGCUGAUGAAGUAUGGCUACCUCCCGCCCUCAGACCCCUCCACUGGUCAGCUACAGGCCUGGACAGCUGUCACUAACGCUGUCAGGGCCAUGCAGAGGUUUGCAGGCCUCAGAGACACUGGAGUUGUAGAUGAGGAGACAACGGCACUGAUGAACAGUCCACGCUGCUCUUUACCUGACCAGGACGAACCAUCCAAAUCACCAGCCAACCAAGAGGGGAGAAACAUGAAGAGGAGGAGGAGGAGGGCUGUCUCCAUGUGGGCACGCCGGAACAUUAACUGGAGGCUGCGUUCAUACCCCUCCUCUUCCCAUCUGUCCCGGGAAAUGAUUCGCUCGCUGGUCUUCUAUGCUUUGAGAGUGUGGGCAGAACCAACCCCCCUGGAGUUCCACGAGGUGGGCAGUCCAGAGACAGCAGACCUACAGAUAGACUUCCUCCAUGGUUACCACGGUGAUGGCUAUCCCUUUGAUGGGGCAGGUGGUGCAGUCGGCCAUGCUUUUUUCCCAUCGGACCCCACCCGGGCAGGAGGAGUUCAUUUGGAUGCAGAGGAGGAGUGGACCUUCAGACAGCCAGCCUCUGAAGGCACUGAUCUGUUCACAGUGCUGGUCCAUGAGUUUGGCCAUGCACUCGGCCUCGCUCACUCCUCAUCCCGCCACUCAGUGAUGAGGCCGUACUACCAGGGUCCUGCUGGAGACCCCCUACAGUACAGCCUGGGACCCCAAGAUCUGGAGCACAUCACCCAGCUCUACGGUAAAAGGAACCAGCUGCUGGCCACUGAUGCUCCUCGCCUCGCUCCAGAGCCUCAGCUGCGCCACAGAGGCCACCGCCACCAUCACAGACAUGGUCCCUUCAUAGAUCGCUGUAACACCAGUUUUGAUGCUGUGGCAAGGAUCCGAGGAGAGACUUUCUUCUUCAAAGGCCUGACGGUGUGGCGAGUCAAUGGUGGUGGCUUGGUAUCCGGUCGUGGGGCUUCUGUCAGGAGGCUGUGGAGGGGUCUACCACCUGACCUACCUCAUCUUCACGCUGUGUUGGAGAGACAGUCAGAUCAUGCCAUCAUCUUUAUCAGUGGUUCCCAGUUCUGGCUGUUCAGAGAUCUGUCCCUGCAGGAAGGCUACCCUCAGCCCCUGUCUGUCCUCAGGAUGGGGGUGAGUUUAGCUGGAACAGAUGAGGAGGAGGAGGGGGAAGAGCAAGAGGGAGCAUCAAGGAAGCGGGGCCUGGUCUGGGACUCAGAGGAGGGCCCCGUGUGGGGGAACAUGGGCGGUGCUGAGGAAGAGAAGCAAGAAGACACCUGGACUCAGCUGCUUAGAGAGGGUGUCAGUGGCAUCACCAGAGACAGCGAUGGCUCCAUCUAUCUCUUCAAAGGAGACUCCUACUGGAAGUUUACAUUUCCAGGCUCCUCAGUGCAGGACGGAUACCCACGGUCCUCUGCUGCAGACUGGCUGGACUGCCCCGAUUCCUCCUCAUCCUCCCCCGUGGCGGACGACCUCUCCCUGGCUCUGUCUCCACCUGCAGGAAGACAGGAGCUCAGGGAUCAAUUGAGGGAGGCGAGCAAAAAUGAGGAAGCAGGAGGAAAGAGGAGGGACAGAAAUGGAAACAGACAACAAGACAUGCAGGACGGAGGUUCACACAUCUGGACUCAGUGCACUUGCCAGAAUGGAGCUCUUGGUAGCAGGACAACAUCUGUGACUGCUGCCUUGCUGCUGAUUACAUGGACCGUGCUGGCUAUUUAA